GCUCCACGCAUGCGCGCGGGGCUCCUUCCUGGUUGCUAUGGGAGCCUCGAGCGGGCCUGCCACUGUCCGAGGCACUGCUGCGGCCUGGGCCAUACUGAGGGGGCCCGAGCCGGGCCGAGCCGAGGGGGCCCCGGGGAGGGGAGAGGAGAGAAAUCGGGGGGCGAGGGAGCCGGAGACCUGCCGGAGGCCCCAGGCGGGGCGCUGCCGUGGCCACAGGGCGCAGAGGAUGCUGCAGGGGGACCCAGCCAUGUCGCAGCCCCAGAUCAUCCACAGCGGCCACUUCAUGGUAUCGGAGCCGCACGCCGAGCCCGAGGCCGAGGCGGGAGCUGCGCUGAAGCAGCAGGAGGAGGCGGGGGGAGCAGCUGGCAGGCCAGGCAGGAGGCAGCGGGGGGCAGGGGCAGGCUCCCAGGGCAGGGGCAGGGGCAGAGGCGAGGGCUGGGUCCGGGCAGUGGCAGGCCCCAGCGAGGCUUACAACUUAAGCACGGUGGAUGAGGCCACAUGCCAGACCUACCACUACGGCCCCCACAGUGCCCUCAGCAUCGAUGCCUCCCUCACGAAGCUCUUCGAGUGCAUGACGCUGGCCUACAGCGGGCGAAUCAUGUCACCCAAGUGGAAGACGUUCAAGGGCCUGAAACUCCUACAGCGGGACAAGAUCCGGCUGAACAACGCUAUCUGGAGGGCUUGGUAUUUGCAGUAUGUGGAGAGGAGGAAAAACCCUGCAUGCAACUCUGUGAUGCCACUGGAGGCUGGUGAUGGGGAAGAGCACUGCAAGCCAGAGGCUGGGGUAAUGGAGGGCAAGUACUGGAAGCGCCACGUGCAGGCUGUCACCCGGGAGUACCACAAGUGGGAGAUGUACUCAUGCGCACAGGUUCAGAAGAUGAAAGACGAAAUGGCAGCUUCGCCCUGCCAGGGGGUGCCCAAUGCCCAACAGGGUCCAGUGCCCAGUGGUGAGGCAGAGGGCAGCUGCCCCAUGGAGCUCGACCCCCUGCACAACCUGGAGAUGCUCAUUGCGGACCUGGCUGAUACCAUCUUCUACAGCCGCAACCCCUACGGGGGCCCCAACCCGUGCAGCCUGGCUCACCAGGACAACGCAGACAUGAUCCAGCCCACCCUUGGCCAGCUGCACCCCAACUUUGGUGAGGAUUUCAUGGACAUUCUGGACCCCCUCAGUGGGAGGCUGGCCAUUCCUGCCCUGGGUAGUGCCAGCCCCAGCCACCAGCUCUUCACCCGCUUCUCUUCUGUCACCUCCUCUGGCUCCCUGAAACACCUCCCUGCUGUGCCCAUGCUGGCUGCCAGGAAAGGUUUCUUCACUGCUGCCCGCCCCCUGCCAGUGCCACUGGUGCCUGCAGUGCCUCCUGCCCCCUCUGUGGCUCCAACCCCCCUGGGCAGCCCCAGCCCCCCCGGCAGCCUGGGCAGCCUCAAAGAGGAGCCCACAGGGGGCCCGGAGGUGCUGCCACUUGCCUUCCCCCUGGAGCUGGAGCCCCCGGCGCCCCUGGAGGAGCAGCAGACCUUCCUGCCCCUCUUCCCCACAUCCCCGCUGUGGGUGAGCCCCUCACCCGGCCCCCCGGCCCUGCACCUCCCGCCCCAGCUCGCCCUGGUGCUCUCCGUUGUUGCCGCUGAGGACCCAGCACCCACCACGGGCACCUUCGCCGUGCUGGUGCCAGCACCCCUGCCUGUGGGGGCCCCCCGCCGCCGGCCCCUGCAGCGCAUCGCCCCAGCCCCGGGCACCGCUUGCCCGCCUGCGUCCCCCGCUGCCGUCACUCCUGCCCCCCGCUUCCCACCAGGUACAGCGGCACUGCCCAUCGCACCAGCCAGAAACCCCCGCCAGGGCUGUAGCACCCCAGACCCCCCUGCGGGCAUCCUGCUGGCAGAGAAGAGCUCCCACCCCCACUCCAGCACGUCCCCCAGUGGCACCGACGUGAAGGCGGUGGAGGGCAUGGGGCACGCGUCACGCCAAGCCUGCAGCCUCCCUGGCACCAAGGUAAAGCUGUCCGAGGGGCUGCUGGCAUUGCCGGGGCAGUGGGGGACACUGCUGAUGUGGCCCCCCCCCUCCCCUUGCUGCCUGCAGCCUGGCCAUUGGGCCGUGCUGCCCACUGGCAACCAUGCCCGCCGCAUGCACAUCAGCUCCAGCUUCAGUGUUCUCGCCAGCCUCGUGGCACCCGCCUCCACCCAGUCCACCGUCAAGCUCAGCAAGGCCCACCUGCUGCAGCGCAGCGUGGCCUACGUGGGGCGGCUGCAGCAGGAACGGCAGCAAGGCCAGGCCAUGGCCCAGCGCCUCCGUGGCGAGAUCCAGGAGCUCAGUGCCGCCAUCAGGGAGUUCCAGCAGCAGCUGCCCCCCGGCGGGACCCCAGCAGCAGCAGCAGCAGCAGCGCCACAGGCCGACACGGCUGCCCAGCUCUUUGCUGACUACGUGCGCCGGCAGACGCUGCAGGAUUGGCGCUUCUGGCUCUUCAGUACCAUUAUGAAGCCGCUGUUUGAGAGCUACAGCAAGGCCGUGAGCACCAGCAGCACUGAGGACUUCUGCCAGUCCGUGCUUGGCUGGCUGGAGCAGCACUGCACCCUGCCUGUGCUGCGCCCUGCCAUCUCCAGCUCCCUGCUGCAGCUCAGCAGGGUCACGUCCAUCCUGACACAGCCCACCCGGCUCCCCGAGCAGGCACUGCAGGCUGUGUCCUGCCUGCCCCACAGCGACAGCUGAGCUGUCCUGUGGCGCUGAUGAGGACAGACAAGCCACCCCAUGGCAGGCCGGGCUCCCCACACUGCCUACAGUGGACACAGGGUCCCUCUUGGCCAGGACACCCCAGGGAGGGGGCAGGGGGAUCCCCCCCUG